AUGUCCGACCUCUUCGUUGAGCUGACUGCGCCCAAUGGUCGCAAGUACCAGCAGCCAAGAGGUCUUUUCAUCAACAACGAAUUCGUCAAGUCCAAGUCAGGUGAAACCAUCACUUCCAUAAACCCGAGUGAUGAGAGCGAUAUUGUAUCUGUAUAUGCGGCUGGGCCCGAAGAUGUCGACGAUGCCGUGGCAGCUGCACGGAAAGCCUUCAAGAACCCAGACUGGCGAGACAUGGACACUAACGCGCGAGCUGACCUUCUCUACAAGUUUGCCCAGUUAAUCGAGGAACACAAGGAAACGCUAGCGACGAUUGAAACCUGGGACAACGGCAAGCCUUACUCCGUCUCACUGAAUGACGACUUGGGCGAAGUUGUCGGUACUAUCAAGUACUACGCAGGAUACGCCAACAAGAUUCACGGCACAGUCAUUGACACCUCACCUGCCAAGCUGGCGUACACAGUCCGUGAGCCACUUGGUGUCUGUGGCCAGAUCAUCCCAUGGAACUUCCCUCUUGCAAUGGCGGCAUGGAAGCUGGGACCUGCUCUCUGCACCGGCAACACAGUGGUCUUGAAGGCCGCCGAACAAACACCCCUUUCUAUUCUGUAUCUUGGAAACUUGGUCAAGGAAGCUGGCUUCCCUCCUGGCGUUAUCAACUUUAUCAACGGUGAAGGAAGGAAGGCUGGUGCCGCUUUAGCCCAGCAUCUCGACGUCGACAAGAUUGCCUUUACUGGAUCCACCGCUACAGGAAAGGAGAUUAUGAAGAUGGCAGCUGUCAACAUGAAGAACAUCACACUUGAAACGGGUGGCAAAUCGCCACUAGUAGUGUUUGAUGAUGCAGAUCUUGAUCAAGCAGUCAAAUGGAGUCACGUCGGUAUCAUGUACAACCAAGGCCAGGUUUGCACGGCGACUUCAAGAAUUCUUGUGCAAGAAGGCAUCUAUGAUAAAUUCGUUGAAGCUUUCAAGGAGCACGUCAAGACCACCUCUGUGGUUGGCGACCCCUUCAAAGACGACACAUUCCAGGGACCUCAGGUUACCAAGACGCAGUUCGACCGCGUUCUGUCAUACAUUGAGUCUGGCAAGUCAGAGGGCGCCACUCUUGUAGCCGGCGGAGAAGCGUACAAGAACGUUGGCGGCAAGGGCUUCUUCGUCUCGCCUACUAUCUUUACUAAUGUCAAGGACAACAUGAAGAUCUACCGCGAAGAAGUGUUUGGUCCGUUCGUCGUCAUCAGCUCGUUCAAGGAGGAAGACGAGGCGAUUGAGCGUGCUAACGACACGACAUAUGGUCUUGGCGCAGCAGUCUUCACUGAGAACAUCACCAAGGCUCAUCGUGUUGCUAGGCGGAUUGAAGCGGGUAUGGUCUGGAUCAAUUCAAGCAACGAUUCUGACAUUCGCAUCCCAUUCGGAGGUGUGAAGCAGUCUGGUAUCGGCCGAGAGCUGGGAGAGGCUGGACUCGAGGCAUACACCAACAAGAAGGUACGUCGCACCAACAAAGAGACAUUCAGGGCCGGCUAA